AUGCCAUCGCGAUGCUACGUGCAGAAGGAAUGCUGUGCGGAUGAAUUCUUCCUUUGUCACGACAGCAGCGACAGUCGCCUCGUGCACGUGACCCGCGCGGACGUGCCUGGGGGCUGGGGCCAACGGCUCAGCCUGGAGUGCGUGCAGCCGGCCCUGUCGGCCAUCUCCCUGCGGCCUCAGCUCCAGGCGAUCGGACCCGAGUCGUUGCUCUUGGCGCCACGAGACAAUCAAUCAGUCACCGUGGUGCACCCCUUGCGUUUGGCUGGUGGUCUGGCAGGCUGCGAGUGUGCGGAGAUCCUUGUGGAGUUGGCCGUCGAGGGCUCAGAGACGUGGAUCCCCCAAAGCGCGUGCAACGAUUGGACCCUGCGAGAGUGCGUCGUGGAACCUCUGGAAGCUGGUACCACCUACGAGGGCCGCGUACGGAUCCAGUGUCAAGACCAAGCGCUGAGCAGCAACUGGACCUAUGCAGGAGCCACGGUCACGACGAACUUGGAAGCCUUGGUCGUAGAGGGCAGCCUCACUGUGACCGUGGGCAGUGGCCGGCGUUUGGGGCGUCGUUUGGCGCAGCUGGAGUUGCAAAAGGUUUUGAGCGAGGUCACAGCUCUCGAGCUGCGCUCCAUCCUGGUGACUCCUUUGGGAGGUUCCGACUUGGGUUACAUCUUGGCAGCAGCGUCCAUCGGGCGCGAGCUCGACGAAGCAAGUGCGCAAGCAGCAGCUGAGGAGGCGCAGAGGCGACUGGACGCGUCGUUGGCAUCUGACUUCGCAGGUCUUUUGUCCGCGGAAGUGGGUUCAUCUGUAGAAGUGCAGGUGCUCCAGCCGCCAGAGGUCUCCCGCCGCAGCGAAGCCUUUGGCGCCUGCUCCGCGCCGCCGCUCAUACCCAACGCCGCACGCAACUGGAGCGCCAGCAGCUGUGCGGGCCGAACCUGGUCCGACCCGCCCUGCGCCGUGCCCUGCGACACGGGCUUCCUACCGGAGGGCAGCGGCUUUGUGUGCGGCGUCACUGGCGAAUGGUCUACGGCUCCCACAUGCGCCUCCAUCUGGUCGGUGAGCUCUUGGGGUCCCUGCACUGGUGUCGUGGGCGACUGCGGUGAUGGCGGACUCCAACGCCGCGAGGUCACCUGCCCCGAUAGCUCCGGAUGCCACUCCAUGUCCAAGCCCAUAGAGGAGCAGCCUUGUCGCGCCACGAUCGGAUGCACCUGGGUCACUGGAGAUUGGUCGUUGUGUUCCAAUCAGUGCGGUCUGGGAGCGAGGUCUCGCAGCGUGGCCUGUUCUUCACCCCAGAGCUGGGACUGUGCCGACGCGCCGCCCGUCGCCAAUGAGUCGUGCAGCGACUACAGUCAAUGUGAAUGGCAGGUGCAGCCUUGGAGCACUUGCAGCAGCAGCUGCGGCCUUGGCACACAGACACGCGAGGCCCACUGCCCAGCCGAGCCGACACACUGUCCUUCACCGGCACCCUCCUUGGUGCAGUACUGCUAUGAGAUCUCCGGAUGCACCUGGCAGACCUCCACGUGGUCGGUGUGCUCCAACAGCUGCGGUGCCGGCACCUCCACCCGACAGGUGUGGUGUAGCAGCGGUACGGACUCCGACUGCGGUGGCAGCAGGCCGUUGGAGUUGCAGAGCUGUUACGAGACGGUGGGCUGUACCUGGCAGAAGGGGUCGUGGACGGCGUGCAGCAGCUCCUGCGGCGCCGGGCGCCGGGGCCGGAGCGUGCUGUGCCCCAGCGGCCAGGCAGCUGACUGUCCAUCACCUAUGCCAGCAACUGAGGAGGAGUGCUACGAGACCAGCGACUGCCUUUGGAUCACGCAGUCCUGGAGCGCUUGUGACAAUGGCUGCGGCUCCGGGGUGCGCGUCCGUCCAGUGCUUUGCUCCUCUGGCCUCGCGGCCGACUGCGCUUCCCUUCCUGUGCCAACGGCCGUGGAGAGCUGCUACGAUGUGGUGGGAUGUGCCUGGUCCCUGGGAGAUUGGAGCUCUUGCAGCACCACCUGCGGCGCGGGCGUUCGGAGCCGCGCGGUGACCUGUCCCUCCGGCUGGCCUGCAGACUGUGCCUCCUUCGAGGUGGAACCGGCCUCUUCGGAAAGCUGCCGUGGCAGGGGCUGCGACUGGCGGCUCGGUGAAUGGUCCGAAUGCUCCAACGACUGUGGAGAUGGAAGCAAGGCGCGCACGGUGCGCUGCAGCAGCGGCGAGGACACCGACUGCGUGGAGGCGAAGCCCUCCAACGAAACGUCCUGCCGGGUCACCAGCGGCUGCGGCUGGACCUUGGGCGAAUGGACCGACUGUGACGCCACCUGUGGCGCGGGGCUUCAACACCGGACGGCGGUCUGCGACUCGGGCAGCGCCGUGGACUGUGUGGAGCAGCCGGUGGAACCCGGGCAGCGCGUUGCGGGCUCUGAUCCAGUGGGAACGAGAUCUCGGCAUCCAGAUGUCGAGGACCAGGAGAUGGACGCGACCAUCAGCCUGCAGGUGUUGGGGAUCGACGGGGAGGGGCUCAGCCUCACCGUGCCGCGGCAGAUGCUCGGGCGGGACCUGAGGCGGAAGAUCAGCGCCGAGUUGCCCGCCAAGCCUGCGGCCACUCUCUCCCUGCUGUAUGGAGAGUCCAAGUUGUCCCUCACAGAGACUCUGGCAGAGCAAGGUCUCGGCCCUGAAGCCUCCCUGAGCUACAUCUUCGUGCCCGCCAAUGUGCUGGACGCGUGGAAAGUCUUGAAAGGCAUCCCCGUCGAAGACAAAGACUUCGCGCUGGAAGGCGUGACCCAUUUGAAGAGAAUUACGAAGCUGGAACAGCUCAGACACUUGCCGCGGAGCCUACAGAGCUUGACCUUCUGCAACCACUUUGAUGAAGACUUGACCGAGGUGCUGCUGCCCAGCGGCCUGCGAAACUUAACCUUCGGCGAAUGCUUCAAUCAGCCCUUGGAUCAGGUCGUUCUGCCCAGCAGCUUGCAAAGCUUGACGCUGGGCUUCGACUUCGGCCAGCCCUUCGAUGAGGUGACGCUGCCUGAGAGCCUCGAGACUCUGGUUUUCGGUUUCGAAUUCAACAACGAUUUGCGAUCGGUGGCGUUCCCCCCACGACUGGGCAGCCUCACGUUCGGCUACAACUUCUCUCAGAGCCUCCAGGAGGUAAAGCUGCCCGAGAGUUUGCAAAGUUUAACCUUUGGUCAUGCCUUUGACCUGUCCAUGGACCAGGUGAAACUCCCGGACACGCUUCACACCUUGAUCUUCGGCUACAAGUUCGAUCAAAAACUGGAGCAUGUGACGUUUCCCAGCGCUUUAUGCAGCUUGACCUUCGGGGAGUGCUUCAACCAGUCCCUGGAGCGGGUGCAGCUGCCCUCGAAGUUAAAGCACUUGACCUUCGGCCAUCGCUUCGACCAAGGCCUAGGUGACUUGCCCGACAGCCUGGAGACCUUGACCUUUGGCUAUGCCUUCGCCCGCAGUCUGGAGCACACCAAGCUCCCGGAGAGUUUGCAGAGCUUGACCUUCGGCGACAGCUUCGAUCAUCCGCUGGACUCGGUGCAGCUGCCGCAGGCCUUGCAGUGCCUCACCUUCGGCGAAGGCUUUACCCAGAGCUUGGAGCAUGUGGUUCUUCCUGCCCGGCUGCAGUGCCUCACCUUGCGCUAUGAGGAUCAGCAGGAUUGGAAGGUGGUGAACUUCCCCGAGGAGCUGCCCAACCUGAUCUUCGGUGGGCGCUUCGACCAGAGCCUGGAGGAGCUCCGGUUCCCGCGCUUGCAGAGCCUGAAUUUGGGCGAUGGCUUCAACCAGAACUUAGCGAAGCUCGGCCUGCCUGACAGCCUCAAGAGCCUGAGCCUAGGCGACUUCUUCAAUCAGCGCUUAGAUCAGGUGGUGUGGCCCAGUCAGUUGGAAGAACUGAUCUUCGGCCACGCCUUUGAUCAACCCUUAGAGGCUCCCGUGCAGCUGCCGCACUCGCUCAGCUCCUUGAACUUUGGGCAUUCCUUCUCGCAGAGCUUGGAACACGUGGUCUUCCCUCCGCGACUCCAGAUCCUCUCCCUGGGAACUUGCUUCGACCAGCCCUUGCAGAAGGUGACCUUUCCAAAGACUUUGCAGACCUUGUCUUUGGGUGACUCCUUCAACCAGUCCUUCGAUGAAGUUCAGCUGCCUGAUGGCCUCAAGAACUUGACCUUUGGGGACCUCUUCGACAGGAGCUUGUUGAAGGUCAAGUGGCCGAGUGAGCUCGAAAGCCUCAAGUUCGGCUUCGAGUUUGAUCAAUGCCUUGAGGGAGUGAAGUUCCCCGAGGCCUUGCAGACCUUGGUCUUCGGGGGUCGCUUUGAUCACAGCUUGGAGCACGUCACCUUCCCCAGCGGACUGCAGACCUUGGUCUUUGGAGACAGUUUCGAUCAAAGCCUAGACCAGGUGAUCUUCCCCCCUGGAUUGGAGAGUGUACAGUUUGGUCAUUCUUUUCACCAAUCCUUGGAGAACGUCAAGCUCCCAGGAGGCCUGAAGAAGCUCAUUUGCACUGACUUGGCCGUGGGCUGCAUCUCCCUCCAGUCCUUGCGCCCAUGA